AUGGCGAAGCACCCAAGGAUGAUCGAGCAUUCUUUACCUUCACCAUCCAACAAGUUCCCCAACAGAGAACACAUAUUCAAAGGCACUGGCAAGGGUGGGAUCAACACUGGACAGGAGUUGAGGUGCUCUAUUUCUGUCGAGCAUCUUGAUGAGACAAGUAUUGAAGAGGCAGAACAUCCGGACCUGAUGCAGAUCGAUGAAGAUGCUACCUGGCAAGACCCCAUCAUCGACUACUUGAUGAACGAAAAUUUGUCAAGAGAGAAGUCCAAGGCCAGAAAAAUCAAGAGAGCUGCAAGAUACUACAUGUUUGAAGAUCAUAUUCCGAUCCUCAUCUCACCUGCAUCAAGUACACGCAAACUCUCAAAGUGCUCUGCAAAAUUCACGAUGGCGAAUGUGGAAAUCACGAUGGGGCUAGGUCACUUGCCUAGAAGGCUCUAA